GUUAAAAAACCGGCCACCGGCGCUCCGGCGAGAGAGCCAAAGAAAAUGGAGGAUGAGCUUCUGAACUUCUUCAAAGUCUGGUUUUCAGUAUGGAUUUCUCUCUGCUAUUGCUAUGGCGUCGGAAAAAUAAUCCGACCGGGAACCGGUAGACUCAUCUUCUUCUUCCCGGUGAUCUCCCUCUUCCUCUACCUCCCCAUUAAUCUCCACUCUCUCCAUCUCGGCGGCCUCACCGCCUUCUUCGUUGCUUGGCUCGCCAACUUCAAACUCCUCCUCUUUGCCGUCGACCAGGGCCCUCUAGCCGACCCCAGGAUCUCCAUAGGGAUUUUCUGUGCCUUGGCUUCUCUCCCCAUCAAAUUCAACCAAAACCCACUUGAAAAAGGCUCGGAAAAUUGCAAUGGAGGUGCUCCAAUGGAGGCAAUUAUAAAAUCCCAUCACCACCACGAGUCUCUAUUAAACUACGCCGUACAUUGGGACUCAUUGCCUGUAAUUGUACCACAACUCCCUAAUCAUAUAUCAAACCCACUACAUGGGAAAGAAGAAAUUAUGUCAAUCACAAGUUUGAACAUGAUGGCUGAUGGAUUAGCUAAAGUCUCCAUAUUUGUGAACCAAUUUUCCAUAUAUUUAUUACAUAUAUGUGUGUGUGUGGAGGAGAAGGAAGAAGAAGACGAGAAGAAGAGCAAAUUUCAGAUCACUCCAUUAAUGGCUACCGAAAUUGGCAUCUUCGUCCAAACCGUGCUUCUGGUUUGCUCCUCCCUCUGUUUCUGCUUCUCCAUCAGAAACUCAAUCCCCCAUGGAUUCCUCAGAUUUCUCCUCAUUCUUCCCUUCUUCUUCCUCUUCCUCUGCAUUCCCCUCCAAUUUCACACCAUCCAUCUUCAGGGCGCCAUCGGCUUCUUCAUCGGCUGGCUCGGCAGCUUCAAGCUCCUCCUCUUCGCCUUCGGCAAAGGCCCUCUCUGCUCCGCCCCUGCCGCCGCCUCCCUCCGCCGCUUCCUCGCCGUCGGCUCCCUCCCAAUCGAGAUCCCCGUCCACCCCCCGCAGGCACCGGCGCCCGAUUCCCCUCCCGUUCUCUCCCUCACCUUCCCGGCCAAAUUAGGUCUUCUUCUCCUCACCUUCUGUGCGAUCUAUUUCCGAAAUUACUUCAAUCCGUACGCGGUUUUGGUCUUCUAUUGCCUUUUGAUUUACCUGCUACUGGAAAUUCUUGUCGGGGGCGCCGCGGCGCUGGCCCGGACGCUGCUGGGGGUGGAUCUGUCGCCGUACUUCGACGAGCCCUACCUCUCUGCUUCGCUGCAGGAAUUUUGGGGGCGGAGGUGGAAUUUGAUGACCACCAGAAUCCUCCGCGUCGCCGUCUACGAUCCGUGCCGGCGAGUCGCCGGCGCCGCCGUCGGGAAGAGGGCGGCGGUGAUGUUGGCGGUGGCUGCGACGUUCGCGGUCUCCGGCCUGAUGCACGAACUGAUUUACUUCUACAUGGGGAGAAUGGCGCCGACGUGGGAGGUGACGUGCUUCUUUCUGCUUCACGGGGUGUGUUUGCCGGCGGAGAUGGCAGUGAAAGCGGCGGCCGGAGGGAGGUUCCGCCUGCCGCGGGCAGUGUCGGCGCCGUUGACGCUGGGGUUCGUGAUGGUGACGAGUUUUUGGCUGUUUUUUCCGCAGUUUCUGAGGUUUAAAGCGGACGUUAGGAUGUUUGAGGAGUACGCGGCGUUAGGCGCGUUGGUGAAGAACGUGACGGGGGACAUGAUCACGCCGUUGAUCGCUUUUAAAUAACUGUUUUUUAUUUUUCUGGAAGUAAAAAGACUUUUUUUAAUAUUAAAAACUGUAGUCAUCACAUGAUUCACGACGACGUGCGUUGGGACAUGAAUAUAGGUUUUAAGCUAUUAUAUAUUUUUA